AUGAAUCCGAUACGGUUUUCCAUGGGAUACUUCGUGGUGGUGUUGUUGUUUUCCCUACUACUGACAAUUUACUCCGUCUGGUGGAGCGCUCUUCCCUGGCGUCAUUCUAUAGGCACCAAUACCAACAUUGUCAUUAACAAGCGAGCAAUAGCCACGACUUUUGUCAACACAGUGAUGCCAAUGACAACGCCUUUAGUGACGCUACCCGAACAGUCCGCAAACUUUACCGACUACGUCUUGAAAUUGAGGCAGGACAUUAUCAAACACCAAGCUCUGGAUCCUUACUUCAUUCCCAGAGAUCACAAAGUUAACCCUUAUAACUACUCAUUUCUGAUUGACGGUCGGGAAAUAUGUCAAGGUGAUCCUCCGUUUCUACUGAUUGUCGUACCGUCUGUGUUUGACCACCAGGAAGAACGCUGGGUUAUUCGGGAAACUUGGGGAAGUGUGACCAAAAUUGGUCAGUGGGCUGACGGCACGAAACUACCAGUGAUAAAACUUAUGUUUUUAUUUGGAAUGACUUCUAAUAAGAAUAUUUUUGGAAAACUGGAGAAUGAAAGCAUGGAAUAUGGAGACGUUGUCUUGGCCGAUUUCGUGGACAGUUACAAAAACCUAACCAUCAAAUCCAUGUCAGCUCUGUACUGGACCAUCCGAUACUGUCCUGACGCAAAAUAUUUGCUAAAGAACGACGAAGACACCAUAGUCCAUCUUCCCCGGCUUCUACACGUCUUGAACAAAAGUUCGACAAACUCUGUAUUUGGAUUUGCGCGGCAAGGUGCUCGAGUAUUUAGGGGCAAGGUGUUUAAAUGGGGUGUGUCAAAAGAGGAAUACCCAGGCGAUGUAUAUCCGCCAUACAUCUAUGGUAACCAUUACAUCAUUCCGAACAAUCUGAUUGGGAAGUUAUUCUACCUGUCGGAGUACAUUCCGUAUUUAUCUAUGGAGGACGUGUUUAUUACUGUAUGUCUAGAACGAGUUUCUUGCACAUGUAUUAAGCCCCUGACAUAG